GGACGCAACUAUCUAUGCAGGUAGAGAAGAGGGAGGAGGAAAGGAAGAAGAGAAGAAGAAAAGGGAGAAUUUAAAAUCUUAAAUUGAUCUAUUUGGAAAUAGCCUCUUUGUUCAAUAGACUAAUUUAGUUAUAAACCUUUUAGAGUAUACAUUGACAAAUCUGAUGAAAAAUAAUCUCCUUCUUUUCGAUUUUACGGGGGUCAUAAAUAAAGUCCAUGGUAGAUUAUGUGGUGCGAAAUUUCUUUCUUGGCACUGGAUGCAUCAACCUUCGAGAUAGAGAAGUGCAUAUCCUAUCCAAAAAUUGUUGCGCCUAAGAAAAUAUUUUAUGCAUUUCAUUCACAACCAGCAAGGUGCUAACUUUUGCCUUUGGAUCCAGACUCUUGUGAUGACAAGAUGUAUGUCUCCUUGCUGAAUAGAAUCUGCAAAUCACUCUCUGAGGGUGAUUUUCCUGAGGAUUUAAACGAAACAUAUUCUUCUUCUUCCUCUUCUUGGAAUAUGUUUGUGCGGUAUGCAUAUCAUGUAUCAGUUAAAUGAGGACAUGGGUGACGGGUGAAUGUUUAUCUGGAAACAGUGAAGAAGUUUAGGAAUAGAUUCUUCUUAGGCUGUGUUUGUACAGCAUGCCACUAUUCUUCUUCUUCUUCUUUCAAAUUGCUGAUUAUUGGUCAAGCUCUUAAAGAGUACAUUGCAGAGUUUCAGUACAUGACGGAGUUUCUUUGGAAUCACGGGCAUAUAGGGGAUGUCUUAGCAUUUCGGGGGGAUGUCUUAGCAUUUUGGGGGGAUAGCCGGGGGCAACUAGGGACAAGUCAUUAUCUUACCUGAUAAAACCUUCAUAUCAUUACUUCGCUUUUUUUUUUUAUCACCGAUGUCGGUAAGACAAGUGGAACACUGGAUUUUUUGAAAAAAGAUUAGUUGGAUUGCUGCCUUUCCCAGUAACCAGCCAGUUGGGACUCAUGGGCCUCAACCACGUCUACCUCGGCCCUCUUUUUUUAUUGCCCCCUUCAAUUCUCCUUCUUGAGCACUAUCGAAACUUUGUGAGUUCUUCCAGCACGAAAAAAGCAGUUCUUGAACUGGUAGGAACGGGCAGGUCAGUGGUCAUCAGAAGUCUGUUGCAUCAUUCCUCUUCUUUUUUCGUCCUAGUGAUCUAUUUCUUCUUCAGCCUGACGGCAUAUGUUUUCUUCAUCAAGUUAUAGCAGUAGUUUUGCCUGCUAAAAUCGAUAAAAGCAUCUGGAAUGCCUCUUCAUAGAUCAUUUGAUAUCGUAGCAUUACAACUCCUGACAUCCCUCUGCAGGAUUUGUAGUGGCUCACAGUAACCAAACCCAUAGAUCUCUGGGGAAGUGAUUUUGUUGAUGGAUUCCAAGAUAUAAAUUAUUCUUAGUCGCCGGUAAAGGCGUUUGGAAAGACAUUCGGUCAGGAUUGCAGAUUCAGCAGCGCCGACGGAUUUGUACCGGAGAGCAGCUUCACCAUGGGGUGGUUGGAUUCUACACACACACACACCCCCCAAAAAAAACAAAAAAACAAAAACAAAAAGCAAUAAGGAAGCAGGCUGAAGCUGAAAAAAUAUCAUAAUAGCAAUUAGGAGCUUCACCAGGUUUUAGCACGCGGAGCUGCCAUGGGUUUCGAUUGCUGCUGAGGUGACCACGCUUCAAGCUUAUAAUCUGCGGGCAAACUGUUCUAUUACCACUUUUAGGCAGCAGUUUCUAUAAAGUUUUUCACUUAAUGUGAAGUACCGUGAUAGCAUAAGUGGGAGAAGCUGCCUCCCUUUUGGACGGAAAGCCUGGUUUAAGAUAGGCGCUCUCCCUAACCAGCCCGUUGUUUUCCCUCAGAAUCGGCGUGAAAGCAGAAGCCGGCAACGCCAUUUGCCGACUUUAGGAUAUAAAAGUCCUCAUCAUAAACGGCCACCGUUUAUCGCCCCUCUUUGUUCCGUAGAGAGAGAGAGAGAGGGAGAGGGAGAGAGAGAGAGCGGCCUGUUCUCGGACCUGCGAGCGAGAGGAAGGAAGACGGAGCAAUCCGAGAUGGCGAGCCUGUGGAGGGCGGCGUUGGGGGGAUCGCGUGGAGCGGAGGAGCUGGGCGGGGGCGUGGAGUUCUGGUCGAACCCUGAGCGGGCGGGAUGGCUGACGAAGCAAGGGGAGUACAUCAAGACGUGGCGGCGCCGGUGGUUCGUGCUGAAGCAAGGGAAGCUGUUCUGGUUCAAGGAACCGGGGGUGACCCGGGCGUCGGUCUCGCGGGGGGUGAUCCCCGUGGCUUCCUGCCUCACCGUGAAGGGCGCCGAGGACGUGCUCAACCGGCAGUUCGCCUUCGAGCUAUCGACCAGCCGCGAGACCAUGUACUUCAUCGCCGACUCCGAGAAGGAGAAGGAGGAGUGGAUCAACUCCAUCGGCCGCUCCAUCGUCCAGCACUCCCGCUCCGUCACCGACUCCGAGGUCGUCGACUACGACAACACCCGCCACCACUCGUCCGUCGAUCAGCGCUAGAUGGAUGGAUCCUCCUCCUCAUGAAUUGGCUGCGUGCUGGGAAUCGAUGUAUAGGAUCUGUUCUUGUUGCUGGGUCUCGAUCCUUAUAAACUAUCGCAUGCUGCAUCUUCCUACUCUGCCUCCUUCUUGUUAUGUAUUCCUGUGAUUCAUGUGUGAGACAGUUGCUCCUUUGUUAUACUAUGUUCAAUUCUUCUGAUUUUCUUGUUAUUAUUAGCAAUUAUUUAUGUUGCAAGAUCGUUGAUGA